AUGUCGCCGGUGUGGUGGACGACGCUUCUCGCAUGGGUCUGCCUCCUGACCGUCGCAGCUCCCAGCAGCCACGGCACCAUUGGCAACGUGCCGAUCGACGCCGCGUACGGGCCCAUCGACGCGGUGUACACGUGGGUCAACGGCUCGGACCCGAUCUGGCAAAAGGAAAAGGCAAAGUGGCACGCCACGUGGCGCAAGGAGCACAACGAGCAUCCGACAUUGACGUCGUCGGACGAGAACCGGUUCCGCGACAACGACGAGCUGCGCUACUCGAUCCGGUCCCUGUACAUGUACGCCCCGUGGAUCCGGCACAUUUACAUCGUCACCGACGGCCAAACACCGGUUUGGCUCGACCGGUCGCAUCCCCAUGUGAGUAUUGUGCCGCACGCGGCGUUCUUUCGCAAUGCGUCGCAUCUGCCCACGUUCGCGUCGCCGUCGAUCGAAGCCAACCUCGAUUGGAUCCCGGAACUCUCGGCCAAUUUUUUGUAUCUGAACGACGACAUGCUCCUCGGUGCCCCGGUCUCGCCCCAAGACUUCAUGAGUCGCAACGGCACGCAAAACGUGUACCUCGCGUGGGAGGCGCCAGCGUGCAGCGACGAAUGCGCCAACUGGAUGCUCGGCGAUGGGGUGUGCCACCGCGCUUGCAACACACGAGCUUGUGGGUUUGACCACGGCGACUGCACCUGCGCGUCACCGCCCGUGGUAAGCGACGACUGGACACCGAUUUGCUCGGCCCCCGAAGACCUCGGUGACGGCCACUGCCAAGUGCAUUGCAAUGUGGCCGAGUGCGCGUUUGACGCUGGCGACUGCGACCCCACAGCACUCGAUCUCUUGCCGCGCGUGACGUGGAAUGCCUCGGUCAACGACGCGGCCGUGCUCUUGGGCGCUCACCGCUCGGUACUUGUCGUUGACGACAUAGGGUCGGUCGAGACAGAAUUUAGUGCACUCGUCCAGCACGCGGCCGUCCUCCGCUCGCGGCUCUUUCUCUUUUUCAAUCGCACGGUCGACGAGACGAUCACGUUGACAUUGCGAUCCUCCGCAAAACAAAUGCGACUGCGUGUUGUGCCACGCGGCGUUGCACUAGCGUCGCAAGGCUACGCCGUUGCGCGCCGAUCUUCGCUGUCCCACUUCGAUCUCGAUCUCGCAGCGAUCAGCAUCACGCCGGCGUUCCAACCGCAGCACUUGGAUGCGACCAUCUAUGUGCCAUUUGCUUCCUUGCCCGACUGGAGCGGCGACACGCGCUUUGCAGUCGACGAUGGCACGGCCAUUUCGUGCCCGGCUAUCGACACGGCGUCGUCUGCUACGGCGUUAGCCGAGAGCCAUUGCACGCUCAACGCCUCGGGCGUACUCGUGCACGCGCGUCCCGGCAAUGCGACGCGUACGAGCGUCUGCCUCUUCAACGGCGGUCGUCGCAGCUGCAUCGUGCUCACCGCACUUUCUACUGUGCUUGCGCCGACCGUGCGCACCUUGGCGCACUACGCGCUGCCCAAGACAACGCACGAGUGCCACUGGUGGGCGUGGUGCAACGCAACGUAUGCGACUCUGGCAGAGAGCUGCACGACGGCCUCGACCAAGGCGCGCAUGGCCAACGACCCGUCGGCCGCCAAGGCCAAGGCCAUGACGCUCUGUACACGCUUUGGCGCCGCCCACGGUCCGCUGUCGCGGAAUGCAACACAGUUGGUUCAUGACAAGAUGUGCCGCAUCAUGCGCACGAAAGACCAACAGCCAUUUUGGCUCGAUCCGUGUCGUCCACGAGACGUGACGUCGGACGAGGAGAUCACGUUCCUCGACCCGUUUGGGGACUCGCUCAAGCACGUCAACACGCUCUUUGAUGCUGCGUUUGGCAAGGCGCCAGUGCCGCGCCGCGUGCCAGCGCACAUGCCGUACUUUAUUCAAAAGCGAGUGCUCUCGGAGCUCAAGGCGCACUGGCCGACGCAGUUCAAUGCAACGUCGUCGCACCGGUUCCGGCACCCGAGGGACAUGCAGUUUAGCUUUGCCUAUAUGCACUAUGUGGCGAACCGUCGGCUCUUGCACCCGCCACAGUCGGCGACCGAGCUCAUCUCGAGCGUCAUCGACAUCAACCAGAACGGUCUCCUGGACCAAUAUGAGGUGCGCAACCUUCUCGGGCUCUUUCCUCAAUCCUCGCACGCGGUGCUAUACGCGUUGCUCGAUGACUGCCACCGCGCAACCAAGAGCUCGUCGUCAUUGCCGCUGCAGCUCAUUGCGGCGCACUGCCCCGGCCUUGAGCGGCGUUUGGGCCAAGUCGACGCGCGAAUGCUACCGCCGACGCACCGCCGCAUGUCGCAGGAGCAAGUCACGUUCUUGAUGCUGGGUCGAUCCAUGACCGACUACGUGCAGCUGUAUCGUGCCCGGUCGCGCCGGACCAAGUUUGUGUGUGUGAACGACGACAUAAGUAGCCCGUCGCCCGUGCUUUGCGCGAUGCUUCGAGACUUUUUUCAAGUGCGCUGGAGCACGCCGUCGCCCGUGGAGCUUACCAUCGAAGGGUCGCUCGUCUCGGAGAAACGCCGCUUCAAACCCACGCUUCACCACGACGUGGUGUACAGCGGCUUUGUCUGGCCAUACGAACUCGCAUUUGUCGGCGUGCUUGCUGCAGGGACCUUGUACGUUGUCGGGUCGACGCGCAGGCGGAGUCGCUCGUAUCACCCUUUGCCUCCGCAGUAGGACAACAAUCUAAUUUAAUUUUCUACGACAAUGUAGUACUGUCUGG